AACCAAUCAGCAAACCCGUAACAGAAAGGAUAAACAUGGUGGCAAGAGAAACAUCUGUCAAAAUAGUAGAGUAAAGGAAUUUCGUGCUUUCGCUAAAAUGGAAUACUAAAACAUUAAUUUAAAGUAUGCCGUCAGCAAGUGUGACAGUGUCAGUAAGUGAGGUGUUGGAGGUGAGGGCAGGGCCCCUGACGGAUCAUGAGAUCUGGGCCCUUCUCUACAGAGCACUUCACACGCUCACUGAGGCUUUCUCAUCAGGAUCCUGCUAUACAGAGCAAGGUCCAGCUUUCGUAAUCAACCCUGAUGCCAUCCACCUGACCUCAGUGGGGGCGGUCCAGUUUGGCUCCGCCCAAAAGGUGCAGCAGUACGCCAACUAUGUGGCGCCGGAAUGUGUGGAACCAGAGUUUGUCACCUCACAGACCUCAGUGGAGCUGGUGUACAUGUUUGCCCUUGGAAAGUCAUUGAUAUAUUCCUCAGAAUAUGGGCUCAAAACAGAUGAGCGUAAUGCUUUGGGAACUGUAUCAAAGCCUGUGAGGAUAGCGGAAAGCCUCGAGGCAGUAUUGCGAGGAAUGGUGAACAGAGAUCCUUCGCAGCGAUCAACACUUAGACAGGUUGCCGAUGCAUGUGCCAUUCAGAAUGAGCGAAUGCAGAGGGGCCUGCGUAGGAGUUUCUCCCGUACUGUGACUGACCUGUACAAUACCAUCCUUGGACCACACGUGGAGCAGGAAGGAGUGGUCAUUGGCCUGCCACGACCCCGAGAGCGACCUCACAAGAGGUCACGUGACCGGUUAAGGAGGAAGUCGUCUCCUGACCAGCACAGGUCAAGGUCACGGUCACUGUCAAGGUCAAGGCAGACUGUGCAGGGGAGAGACUCUGACUCAUCUAGUUCAAACGGUAACCCUGUCCCAUCACAGAAUGGCCAAUCUUUAAAGAAGGCAGGAUCCUCAUCAUCCAAAGUCAGUUCAUGUCCAUCCAGCAGAACUGUCACAUCUCAACGCUCAUUUGAAACAGCCGCAUUUAGGAAGUAUCUUAAGUUGAAGGAACGCCAAAAGAAGUUACGUGUUCUUCGACAUGAUAUGAUGAGCGAUGAAGCAUCAGACGAACUCUCAGAUUUUGUAGUUGACCACAUCUCGGAAACUCAGUCUGUGCGAUCGAUGGGCUCAUCAAAUGCAGGUGUGUAUCACCCCCAAGUCCACUCACACCAUGGUUCUAGCUCCGCUCUUAGAAUGAGUCGGGACUCGGACCGAGAAAGUGUCGUCAGCAGUGACACGUCCGUGUACAUGCAGGACCAUGUUCCGUUCAGAGCAACCGCUGUAGACAUCAGUGAUCCAUUUAUAGACCAGUUACAAAAGCUGAGUUCGGCUCCACCCACAGCUGUCAAUCAUCCCACUCACCACACCCAGACCCCGCCUACACCUACCAAUCACUUGCAAGCCCCGCCUCCUAAACAGCAAAAAGCAAAGAAGAAAUCACCCCCAGCCAAACAACAACCACCAAGGGAAUUCUUUGGUCCAGAGUUUAUCCAUGGAUCAACAAAACCAUUGCAGAAGAUUCCAUUAUCUAUUCAAGGGGAGACACACAAAGGCCCGAGUCGUGUGUGCCGAGUGGUUAUCGUGCUACUCAACGGUCGGAAGCUUGAAGCCAUGGUGGACCCCAGCUUGACGGGACAGCAGCUGUAUGAGGCAGUUGUCACGGAGAUAGACCUGCCAGAGUUCUACUUCUUUGGACUUACCUAUAUAAAUGACAGCGAGCACUUCUUCAUUUCCCCUGACACCAAGCUACACAAGGUGGCCCCUGAAGGCUGGAGGGACAGCUGGAAACGGGAGGCAGCCCCCAUAACAUUCACUGUCCAUCUACGGGUCAAGUUCUACGUGGAAAAUAUCAGUGCUCUCAAGUUAGAGACGUCGUGCCAUCAGCUGUACCUGCAACUGCGGAGGGAUCUUCUGGAGGAGCGAUGUAUGUGCCCGGAUGAGAGAGCCAUGACACUGACCGGUCUGGCCCUGCAGGCGGAAUAUGGGGAUUACUUGGGGGAGACCAUGGGUCGGAACUACUUUAUACCGGAGCACUACUUCCCGGAGAGGGUUGUGAAGAGGCUUGGUGCAGGGUAUAUCCGGGACCAUGCGCCGAAUGUUCAUCGACUGAAUUCUGGAAUGACACAGACAGAGGCUGAAAUUGAGUUUAUACAGUUUGUACAGCAGGAAUUGCCAGAGUAUGGUGUCCACUUCCACAAGCUACUGAAGAAAAAAGGUGACUCGCACAAUGUCAUCUGGGUGGGUGUCAACAUGAAUAAUCUGUUGCUAGCGGAGAACUCUGCUCAUCAAGUUAACCAUAGAGUGCUGGUACAUCUACCCUGGGGCGCCAUCCAGAAGAUCUCCUUCAACAGACGCCGCUUCAGCGUCCAGCCCAGACCAGAUAUUGGCCAGAUCAAACCCUUCAAGAUGAAUUUUUACACCACCUCAUACAAAAAGGGUCAGUACCUGUUGAAGUUCUGCACGUCUCAGCACAGCUUCCUGCUGAAACUGCGCACCAGACUGGCUGCCCAGGAUUGGGGAACAGACCCGUCAUUCACAGAGCACAUGAGUACCGGUGAUGCAGAUGACCUGCAUAUUGACCAAUCAGACGAGGAUGAACAAACGGUCACAGAUGGUACCAGUAGGGCCUCACAGAACUCACAGGAAGUGGAGAUGCUGAGUGCUGGUUUCCAGGCAACAGAUCAUGUGCCACAGAAACACCCAGCCGCCUACAGAAAUCCUCCCCCCUACCGGCCAGACUCUAGUGCGAGCAUGAUUGACCUCCCUCGGUCCACGCUCCACCCACCCGGACACCUGCAUGCCUUGCCGCACAGCCAAAAUGACGAGAAUGUGGCAAGAAUUCUGGGUGUUAAGUCUGGGUCUGGCAUACAUAGCCAGGUUUCCGGUUCGAACCCUGUUACCUCCCACGCUGCGGAGAGAACUCAUCGUGCGUCUGCUCAAACGUCUAAUGUUGAUACAGAAUCUGCUUCUUCUGAGCAUGGCAUGUCGGACAUCAAAGUCGUGAAGUCUGCACAGGCUUAUGUGAUAGACGCAAGCAUUCAUUCCACAGACCAGACCUUGUUCUCGGGGCCUGGCAACGAAACAAUUAGCCCCUCCCUGCACCAACGCUUCCACGAUGAAUUGCUCUCUCCUGAAUCCACUCAACCAGAACGCUCCAUGUUCCAAGUAGAACUUUCAAAACAUCCUCAGCUUGGCGUUGGGAUCACAAUCGUUGGCGGAUCAAACAAAAAUGGUUAUGGAAUAUUUGUGAAAUCUGUGACAUUGGAUGGUCCUGCGUUUAAAGAUGGUCGCAUAAAGCCUGGCGAUCAAAUUCUCGAGAUAAAUGGGUCAAAUUUAAGUGAAGUUCAGCACCAUGAUGCAGUGAAACUUAUAAAAGAAUCAGAAAACACAGUUAAGUUCUUAAUAUCACAAGUGAAACCGCCGCGGUCUUUAAAACAUCGGGACAAUGAUGAUGCUGUGUUUCAAUGGAAGUUACAAAAUUCAAUGGUAUCUAAAUCAAUUGAUAUGGAAGACAGAGAGAGUGAUUCAUCAAGAAAUAGCCCUUCAAACUUACCUGUAUGUGAUGAACUCACUGAUAGUGAUGUAAAUAUUGCUACUGUAAAUAACAGUGAUAUUGACGACAAAAAAAGUACAAAAGUGAAAAAUCCAGAAAAAAAAUCUCCUGACAUGGAUAUAGGAGACGCAAAUAGUCCUAAAAGUGUAAUUAAUGGCGCAGAUAGUUGUAAUGGUAACUCAGUAGUUGCAAAAAUACAUUCCAUGUUGUCCGAUGAUGGUUUGCAGAAAAGUGAACCUGUAGCAAGUGAUCACGUGACAGCACCUGAAGGGGAUCAGUAUUGCUCAGAAAAUGAAUCAGACACUGAAACAGACUCUGAUUUUGAGGAGGUCUGCACAGCAGUUAUACAGAACAGGUAUGCAGCCCCACCCCUGGGGAACACUAGCCCCACCCUGGGGAAGAAUGGAGAGGACAUCAGCCCCACACAGGGGCAAGAAGAGGAGCUUGAAGUGUUUCUGGAAAAACAAAAUGGAAGCUUUGGUCUCAAUGUAACGGGUGGUGUGAACACCAGUGUGAGGCAUGGAGGAAUCUAUGUCAAGUCUGUUGUUGCCAACAGUGCUGCCCACAAGGAUGGCACUAUUCUUAAAGGAGACCGCAUUCUGGAGGUGGACAGUGUCGCCAUGUCAGGCCUUACCCACAGGGAGGCAGUCCAGGCUCUUCAAGAUGCCCCACCAAUCUGUCGUCUGCUCGUGUCUAGACUCUGCCUUCUCAAGGGAACUUCCAAGGAGCAAGCUAUGGAGGGACAGAUAGGGGAUACAACAUCACUGGAGGGAUGUGAGGAUGAUUUGUAUGGGACCUUUGUUAAUGAAGAGAACAGCUACUCAGUGGACCUCAUCAAGGGUAUCUAUGGUCUCGGGUUCAGUACAGUCGGGGGGCAGCCAGACAGUCCUGCACUCUCAGAUAGGGUCGUUCGGAUCAAACGGGUUUUCCCGAUAGGUCCGGCUAGAGAAUCCGGCAAGAUCCGGUCAGGUGACGUGAUACUGGCCGUUAAUGGACAAUCAGUCACUGGGAAAUCAUUAACGGAGAUCAUGUCAAUGCUACGAGGGGCAGGUAAAUCUGUCCAGCUGUUGAUGUGUCAUCCUGACCCAGACCAGUUACCUCCCCUGAAUGUACUGGAAAGUGAAGAGUCGCUGGUGGUCACUCCAAGCAGCAACCGGUCAGUUGUGUCCGACACUGACAGUGAGGCAUCUGAUGACCAGUUUCAACCAAGCUACACUGAGGAAAUGUUGUCACUUGCUUUGUAUGGGAAUCAUGGAACAAUGGCGGAAACUGGAGAGCAGAAUGAGCUGUCUGCUGCAACUGGAAUAAAUCUUGAUGGAGAUAAUGGUGAGGAGGACCAAGAUAACGAUGAAGAACAUAGUGAUAACACAGAGACGCCCAGAAGUGAUGGAGUUACUCCACCCUUGCCAACCAGCCCGCCUCCUACACUGGGUAGGACCACAGAGGGCUUGGAUAUGGAUGGGUACAAACAGGGGGCGGAGUUUAGUGAUGAGCAGGGGGUGGAGUUUACUGAUGAACAGGGGGCAGAGUUAAGUGAUGAACAGGAGGAAUCUGAUUAUGAAGAAGGCAACGACAGUCCCAAUCUACAUUUGAUUGAUGUUCAGGUAGGAGUGGCUGAGUUGAUGGACAGCUGUCACGCAGAAAUGGUGCAGAUCCAUAGUGCAAAAAAUCUGUCCAAGUUGGCAGGCAUGACUCAAAUGCCUGUAUCUGAAAACUUGAUUGUGAGAGAAGACUCUGCUCUGACUGUAAACUCAAGAGAGACAACACCAGUGGCGAAUGCAAGCUUAAAUUCAGCAGAAUUCAUGCCAGACUCUUCUAGUGAACUUAGUUUUGCCAAAGAAAGUGAGUUGGAGGAUUCAGAAAUUGAUGCCAGUUUGGUGCAUCAUGAUGAGACUGAUGCUGAAGAUUUAACUAGAAGGUCGCAUGAAGAUGGAAUCAUAGUUCAGAGUUUAGAAGACACUGUGCUACAGGAAAUGGUACAGCAGGCUACGGGUUCUCUUGGCUCAAAUCCAACUUCGGUGUCCGUCUCUAGUGCAAAUAUGGUAGCUAGUUGUAGUUACGUAGAUGGAGUGAAGUUUACAGGUAUUGUGGAUAAUAAUGUUAUAGAUAUCUCAGGUAAAUAUUCUGUAAAUGAUGUAUGUACAGAUGCUGAGGAACAAGCUGUAAAUGAAGCUGCUGAUGUAAAUAUAAAGAAAAUUUUAAUAGACAAAAAAACAUCAGAUUUUGACAAUAAUGAAGAUUCUGAAAGUGAUUUUGAUGAUGAUGAUAUAAAGCAACUGGAAAAGAAGUAUAUGGAUUUAGAACAAGCUGAAGAUAGUGAAAAUGAAUCAGUGAGUGAAGGUAGUAAAAAUGAGCACCAAGAAAAUGAAGAUAAUGAUGAAGGUACGGAUGAAACUGAAAAUGUUGAAAAGGGUACUGAUAAAGAUCUAGGUACAGGCAUCAGUUAUGCUACUUUGAUGGACUCAAAUGCAGAAGAAGACAUUGUUGAAAGCUUAAGAAAUAAAAAUGACCCAGAAAGUUUUGACUUUACUGGACUUAAUAGUGAUAUGAUUCAAUAUAGCAUUGAGCGCAAACCAGGAAAAUCAAAUAAUGAGGUUUAUUCAGAUAUUGAUGAUACCGAUAAAGUUAAUGAUGGCGAAAGUGACUUUGAUGAAACUGAAGAGCAAAAGGAUGAUUCAGAACAUGCAGAUAAUCUUAAUGACCUGACAGAUCUAAUCAGUGAAGUCAGGAGACAGACUGUUCAUGAAAAUGAUGUUGAUGAAGAGGUAGAAGAUGUGGAUGAAGACAGAAAUGAUGUGAUGAAGAAUGAGGAUGGUUCUAGGGUGAGGAAGGAAUCUUCCUCACAAUCUGAGGUCAAGCCCCUCUUGCCUGGGGAGUUUGAGGUGAUCUUGGCAAAGCCUGAAGGUUGCGGUCUGGGUUUUACCGUUGCUGGAGGGGCAAACACGUCGGGUGGCUGCUAUGUUAAAGCUGUGCUGGCCAAUCCGGCACUUUCUGACGGCCGAAUAAAGACAGGGGACAAGAUUAUCAUGGUGGCUGGAAUUGAUAUGCGCCCCCUGAACCAUUUCGAGGCCGUGUCGGUACUUCGUGAGACGGAAGCAGACGUCACUAUACGACUCUUCCGACCUGAUGUUGCCAUGGGAGACCCUGGACAAGCUGGGGUCAGAAUUACUUCCCAUGAGCUGACGCACAAACACAACAACAGACAGAAGACAACUUCUGAGCAUCCAGAGUGUGAGGGAGACACAAGCCAUGUGAGCUCAAGUCCGGAAAACACAAAGAAACAACACAAGUGGACAUUUUUUACUGACCCUCACACAUCUGAAGAUGAGUCUGAAGCGCAACCAGAGAGUGCCGGACUCCUUAGAGAUCUGAUACAUUCUCUGGAAGCAACGAAAUCUGAGCUCGCAUCGCCUGGCGCGGGACGGCGAAGUCCUAGCUUGGGAAAUCCGCGCCGGGCAGAGAAUGUGUUGCAGGACAGGUCUUGUGUUCGAGGUGGGACCAGUCCUGGGAACCGGUCACCAGGGCUCGGAGAGGGUUCUGUGUACCAGAUAGAGCUGAGGAAGGCCGAGGGUGGGGGAGGUCUUGGUAUCAGCCUGGUGACCGCAGAGUCCACUCACAUGACCGGGGUGUUCAUACACACCAUCAUCCCAGGGGGACUGGCACAUAGGGAUGGCAGAUUGAAGGAGGGCGACAAACUACUUCAGAUCAAUGGGGAAUCCCUGGUGGGCAUGAACCAUACCAAGGCAGCAUCCAUACUGAGAAACUGCGAGGGAAAGCUGUCACUUACAGUGUCAAGGAAGGACCGCAAGCCAUCAUGGCUGGAGGCAGAUUUGGAGAGCAGUCAAGUACCAACUGAGAACUGGGCCGACACAACUGACCCGGACUCAUGUACAGAGUUUGAGGUCUCAGAAGUGAACGAUUCAAGUGUGUCCAUUAGUAGGCAUGUGCGGAGUGAUAUUCACGAUAACGGCAUAGAUGAUUUGGUGGCUGGAGCUGAACGGGUGUUGACAAUGUCCAAAAAGUCAAAACACUUAAGUCGUUCAGAUGAAAAUGUGUCUGAUGAUGAUGAUUAUGAUGAUAAUGAUGGCAACAAUUAUGAUGAUGAUGCACCACCACCAUUGCCAGAGAAGCGGGUAUCAAACAGUUCUCAUAAGUUCUUAGCAGGAACAAAUGUAAUUAGCCCCAAGCCUGAUGAAAUCUCAGUGGAAUCAGGGAGUGAUUCUCUUGAUGAAGACGUGGAAAAUGAUGAUGACGAAGAAUUUGAAAAACUCAAUGAAGAUAUGAUGAAUGAUGAUGAUGACGAUUUUGAAAAACUUAUCCUAGGUGACAGGAGCAGUGAAAGUGGUGAUGAUGAUGAGGAGGAUGAAUACAAUGCAACUUAUGCAAUGAAAAGAUUCGACUCUUCCAAAUGCUGGUGCAAUAAUUUACGAACACUCGUCAUGGAAGUUCCCGAGGAGAUAACUGAGGAGUGGCUUUACACAUUAUCACUGGUGACAGUGCCUGUCGGAUACCGGGCCCAGAUUCCUGGGCUGGUGUCGGCCCUGCAGGAAAGGAUCACGCUGGAGGAUCCUCAGGAGGAGUACAGACAGCUGCGGGAUGUGCCUCUCACGGACAUGUGUGAGGCUGCUACCUUGAUACACAACCGACCCAAGAACAGGUUCAGAAACGUGCUGCCUUACGAUAUCAAUCGGGUUCUGCUGGAAAGCCAAGACUCCAGCUGGGACUACAUCAACGCGAGUCACAUCCAACUGGAGGUGGGAGAGAGUGUGGCAGACUACAUAGUCACCCAGGGGCCACUCCCUGAGACCACCGACGACUUCUGGGUCAUGACCUGGCAGCAGGGUGUCACCGUGGUGGUCAUGUUGACCCUAGAGAUGGAGGGGUCGAAGGUCAAGUGUCAUAGAUACUGGCCUGACUCAGCUGACACAUCUAUGGAAGUCUGUGACGGUGCCCUACGUCUUAGCCUACUGUACCACAACAGUCUGGCAGACUUUGACGUGCGUUCACUGUUGAUGGAGGACACGUCUAAUGGAGACACCCGCAUUGUUCACCACCUGCAUUACACCACAUGGCCCGACCACGGCACACCAACUGUGGCUAGACCACUACUACAGUGUAUGCGACUUAGCCACCUCCUGCGUAGCGAGGGACCACUUGUGGUACACUGUAGUGCGGGGAUCGGACGCUCUGGAACCUUCAUAGCCAUAGACCUUGCACUGGCCCAUGUGGAGAACUCAAUGCAGUUUGACAUAAUGGAGCUGGUCACAGAGCUGAGGAGACAGAGGCAGGGCAUGAUACAAACCAGAGACCAGUAUGUGUUUUGUUACACUGCCUGUGUGGAAGCCUUGCUGGAGACGCCCAUGUAAAUGACCUUAACCUUGAGAUGGCCCCCAGGGACCCUGUGAACUCACCAUGACCUUCAGUGACUUUACCAUGACACGAAGUGCCCUGUGACCUUGUCAUGUCACUCCUAGAGACUAUAGACCCUUACAUGAUCCAAAGAGAUUUACAGUGAGGGAUCUUAGUUAGUCAGUCUGGACUUCUAGAGAGUCUGUAACAAGGCCAUGACACCAAGAGAUGCUGUGACCCCUACCUGUGACCCCUGCAUGAUGUCUGGCACAGGCCCUAUACGAGAACUGGACUGACCUUAGAAUAUAUCUUGUAGAUACUAUCCUAGAGUAAUGCAAGCUCAAAUUGAACCUCCGACCAUAUACUAGAUCUUAUCAGGAUGGGCUGAAAAUUAUGCAAGUUUAAAUUUUAACAAAUAUAUUGCAGUGUUAGACCAUAAUUCCCUUCUUAUUAGCAUAUUACCAUAUUGUUUCUACAUCUGUACAAACAAUGUUAUGUUUUAAAGCAUGUUUAAGUCAGGCAUAUAAUAGUCUAGCCUUUAGACCUGAUAAAUUAACCUUGGUUACUUGUUUCAUGUUUAACAGCUAAAAGGUAUAAUCGUUUGAAGGCAGCUUAUAACAAAAAAAAAUAGACUGCUUUGUAGCAAUUGGAUUAUAAUAGGAAUCAUUUAAGUUUAAAGUUGAGGAAUGUUUUCAUGUAGAAAGUAGCAUAAGAAAUUUGAUAUGUUAGUUGUGUUCUAGCCGGAAUUUUAGAGAGUUUUGACAUAUUUACCUAGAAAUGCAAUAUAGGCCUUGAUUGGAAGCUUUGAACAAUUCUGGCAUAUUUAAAUAGAAGAAAUAAUUAAGCUUAGAUUGUUUGAAUUCAUUAAUUUCAGUAGUACAGGGAUAUGCAAUCUUGGUAUUUUAUUUUGCUUCCUUUGGACAAAUUCAUGAUUUAGGCAUCAUGCAUUUUAGACCUUAGGAUUCAUGGUGAGAUACUUGAGUCAAUGUGGUUUGCAUGUUUGAAAUGUAAACCGAUUAUAAAAAUUAUAAAUUUAGCAGACAUUGAGCGACAUACAGUUUAUGUACAAGAUGAAAGCUGCAGUAUUUAAAAUGUAUCAAUGCCUAAAAUUAUUCAUAAAAUGUAUGCAUGUUUUCUUACUUAUAUAGUUCAAUUAUAAAAGUUCAAACAUAAACAAACCUGUAUGUUAAUUGUACUUAGCUCACCAACCUGUAAGAAACAUGCUUUAUUUUUACUUUGCUUUUUCCACAUGAAUAUUAAAUUUAAAGAAUUUUAAUGUAUGCUAAAGCAUAGCUGUGCAUUAUGAUGAAAAGUGUCUCUGAAAACCAUGAAUGUUUCCUGGGUUUUCCAGUAUUUUUUUAUAUUUUUUAUUUUUUAUCCAGUAACUUCUAAUGUUAUAACAAACAGUGUAUUUUGUAUUGUGGAUACAUGUGACUGUUCAGGACCAUUGACAGUAGUGCGUAUCUCAUUCUAUUGUUAUCGUCAAAAUAAUUGAUGAAUCAUUACCAUUUAUACUUACACUGGUUUGUUUCAUGGUGAUAUUAUUUACUAUGCCCCCCUUCGAAGAAGAGGGGGUAUAUUGCUUUGCACAUGUCGGUCGGUCUGUCGGUAUGUCGGUCGGUCAGUCGGUCGGUCCACCAGGUGGUUUCCGGAUGAUAACUCAAGAACGCUUGGGGCUAGGAUCAUGAAACUUCAUAGGUACAUUGAUCAUGACUCGCAGAUGACCCCUAUUGAUUUUGAGGUCACUAGGUCAAAGGUCAAGGUCACGGUGACCUGAAAUAGUAAAAUGGUUUCCGGAUGAUAACUCAAGAACGCUUAGGCCUAGGAUCAUGAAACUUGUUUAAUUUUAUAUUCUCUCAUAUUCUCUCCAAAUCAUGGUUUAAAGAGGUAAAUUGUUGCAUUACCAUUUUUACCUACAUUUUAGGGGGAUAUUAUUUGUUAAAACAUUUUGUGUCAGUUUAAUUGUGUGUGCAUGUUUUUAUUAAGAAAAGCAUAGUAUAAUAAAUUCUUAAUGCAAUAAGUAUAAAUUGGUUUGCAUCUUUUAAUAUAGACCAUUUAAGUUUCAGAUUGCAGGCAUAUUUUCAUUUUCAUUUACAUUUCCAUCAUUUGAAAAAAGUGCAAUCUAAUAGGCUUUUCCUAUAAAGUUUUCAAGUUUAUUUCCCCCAUGAGUCUGCUUUUGUUUUGUUUAGUUUGGCUUAGUUCAAUAAAGGUUUUAGUUUCAUGUUGUAAUGCAAUUAAAGAUUUAGGUGUUAUCUUGCAAUAGAUCAUCAUAUCAAAGCAUGGAAUUGGUUACACAACUAUUUGUGCUUGGAUCACACCUGUUGGACCCUUGCACUUUGUUGCUGUUGAUUUUGCCAAUAUGUUAGAUUAGAAUAAGACAUAAGACUAGAAAUAAACACACAUUUUUAAGACAAAUUUUUACCAUUUGUAAUGAUGAAUUUUGCAGAAAAAUAAUCUACACUCCACAACUAAAAACUGCAUCAUUUUAAAUUUUGGUUUACCUUAAAAGUGUUAACUUCCGAGAAUGUUCAAAAUUGCCUCAAAAAUAAAACUGUGUUCAUGAAGGCAUAACAAUGGUUUAUAAAUACAGCAAAUUAAAUGACACAUUCAGUUUUAAUAUAAAAGGUAGUUAUAAUUGCUUAUCAUACCAAAAUUGUUUACAAAAUAAAACAAAACAAAUAAGCAAUGUAUAUUCACUGUUAAAUUUCUUUAAAAAAAUGUAACAAAAUCAUGUUCCUUUUAUGUUUAAUGUUUUAAUAUAACUUCACCGACCCUUUAAUUUUCCUUCACACCAUAUAAUCUUUGCACUUGUGGUUUGCACACAUACUUAAACCUUGGUGCUGUUUGAAACAAUGUUUAUGCAUUUGACUUGAUGUAAACCAGUUAGUGUUGGUGCUCUAUUAAGGACACAGUUUAGUUUGCUUACAAAUUACUUCAAGAUAUGAUGCUUAUUUUGUUGUAUUUUUGACUCGCAAGUGUCUAUAAUUUUUGUUGAGAAUCGCAUCGACAUGUAUUAUAUACCUUUUGUUUUUCUGCCACCAAGACAUAGUGUAUUCCUUAUUGAAAAAUUAGACACUGUAUUCGCUAGUAGCCUUUUCAUUUUCCUUAUCAUACUAGUUACGAAAUUAAUUUGUUUAUUACUUGACAAAUGUUCCGCUGGCCUUGGAAGAUAAUUCGGAAACAUGGUUAUUUGUUUUGGUAUUUAAAGAUAUGCUGAAAAAAGUAUAUUGUUAAUGGAAUAUAACACUAGUAAGAUGUUGUGAGAACUUGUGUCAGUCUCAUUGGUUGUGUCAAGUGGCAUCUCACGUGAGGCUUCACACAACCAACCACAGUGCUACACAAUCUCAGAACACCAAACCAGCAUAUUUUAUGUGAAUUACUAUACAUUGUUCUAAAAGCAAAUGAGUUAUCAGGUAUGUGUGGAAGAUGUUGUCUCUAUAAAAUGCUCUCUGCUUGAAGAUACGGAUAUUGUCUCAAGUGAUCUGACAACAUUCUUAGGUGUUUAAAAAAAUCAUAAAGUGUAUAUAAAUUAAACUUUGCCAGGCACAGAAUCACUAAAAGUAGAACUUUGUCAUCUUCUGAAGUUUGUUGUAGAUCUAUGUUUUGUUAUCUUUGUUUUCUGUUUGUGCUUGUUUUAUUUAUUGUAGUUAAGCCAUUAUUUGUUACUAAUUUUUAUGAAUCCGUCCUUUGUACGUUCAGCUCACCUGAGCACAACAUGCUCAUAGUGAGCUUUUGUGAUUGUGUUUAGUCCUUUGUGUGUCGUCAACAUUUCAACAUUUACCUUGUGAACACUGUAGAGGCCACAUUAAUUGUCCAAUCUAAAGGAAACUUGGUCAGAGCAUACAAGUUUUCCUUAUAUGGUUAUAGUGAAACCUUGAGAACUCACUAGAAGUCACAUUUUUUUGUCCAAUCAUCAUGCAACUUGCUCAGAACAUUGGCUGUACUGUAAUGACAUAUUGGCCGUUUUAAAAUGGCUCCGGUCUAUUAAAAAAUUGCUGCAGUUUUCAUUCUGUGGCUUUAGUGAAACCUUGUGAACACUUUAGAAGUCACAUCGUGUUUGCUCAAUCAAAAUGAAACUUUAUCAAACAUUUGUAUAACGGUAUGUCGGCCGCAUUUAUAAAUGGCUCCAUUUAAAGAGAACGGUCAAAAUACACAUUAAUAAUCAUAAAAAAAUAUCACAAAAGCUGCGUUGUUUGUUAGUUUCUUAAGUUCUUAGGUGAGCAACCUAUGUCCUUUUGGACUCUUGUUUUUGUUUAAUUUAUUGUAUUUCUGUUAUUAACUAUAGUAUUUUUAACAAUGUCUGUUGAAAAUGAGGGUGUACAUGCCGAAUACAUUUUGACUUGAUUAUAUUAUGUAUUUUUUCCAAAAAGAUGUAAUUAAAACAAAUUAUUUUUAUUAGUAAAAGAAAUAAUAUUUGCAGAGAAAACAAAAUUUGUAAACCUUAUUUUUUACUUUUUAAAAAGUGUGCAGUUUUCUCAAAUUAUUGUAUUUGUAUGUGCAUGUUUGAUUAGACAAUAAAAAUAACAUGCACAUAUAUCAGAUUUUUCAAAAUAGUGCAUCCAGAUUGUAUGUGACUUGUUAUACUGGGCCAGUUAAAUUGUUGUAGUUUUAGUUCUAUACAACUUAUAGUUAUUGAUAUAGGUAACAUGUCCUGCAAAGUCAUCAUCUGUCUAGAAUCAAUAAUAAGGACAUAGAAAUGUGGUUAGUAAUUACACAGUCCAGCUUCUGUUUUAAAAUAAUUGUUGGAUUUAGUCAUUCAAGAUCAAAUGAACAGAUAACAAACACGGGUGAGAGCAUAGUGAAUUGCCCUCUUGCUAUAUUUUAAGUGUUGUUAUUUUCUCCGGAAUCUUUACUAAUUCUCUGCAAUUAAUAUAGUUACCUUUAGUGUGUGUUUUUUUAAUUUUUUUUUAUUAAAACAGAUUAUCAGGUAUGUUCAAUGUAUUCAAUUUUAACUUUUACUAACGUACACAUGUGCAUAAUACUUUAACUUUCAUAACACAUUAUUCCUUAAUCAUUCAUAUUUUUUUACAUUUACGUAGACAACAUUCCUGUUUGUAUUAAUCAUGUUUUUGUCCAUUGAAAACAGUGUAACUCUGUAUCUGAAUAUAUUAAUUUAUUGUAAUAAAUAAUAAAAAUCU